CUCACAACCACAAGUUAUAAGUUUCCAAUUGCAUGAUUAAUUAGGCUUCAACAAGAAGAGAAGGACCUGAACAUUUUGAUCCAUUUUGUUAAGGGAUUGAUGAACCUACUUACUUCUCUGGUUCUUCCCAAGAAUUUUCUUCAAAUGAGACCAUCUUUCGUAAUUUCUCUUCUGCUUUUGUCUCUCUUUCUCAUAAAUGGUGAAGGGAUCCGCUUGGAGAAAGGGCCUUUCGUAGAUCAGCAACAUAAAAAACAUGAUCAAGAAAACAAUUUGUUGAAAAGAAUUAAUAGUGCUAACAACCAACCUAUUGUAUGCGAAGAUGAAAAAUAUUGCACAGGAAAAAUAAAGAUUAGGAAACUUGUUACUUCAUCAACUUCUACCACCCACCAUAUUUCAAAGAAUGUGAAGAAUGGAGGGAAUGAAGCUCAGGGACCAGAAAUUGGCAACAGUAGAAAUUGUAAAGUGAAUGGUGAAGAAAAGGAAAUAUUAGUAAAUAAGCAACAAGAAGUUUCUCAUGAGCACUAUCCGGAUCAUGUAAACAUUGUUGACAUGGACUAUUCUCCCCCAAAGAAAAACCCUCCCGUACACAACUAACUCUACCUUGGGAUGAUCAUCUAGAAAUACACGUAUUCCACUUAGAAUAAAGAUAAGCAGAUAAUUGUUGGACAACAUUGCAGAAAUGCUGCAGUAUUUUUAGGGCUAACAAUUCUGUUCAUUAUAUAUUAUAUUAUGCAUCUAUUGAUUAUAAUAUAUUUUUAAUAAUUCACAGCUUUUUUUAUGAUUGAAUUUUAUA